CAGCCAAACCAGUGUCUCUGUCUAAUGUCUAUAUAUGUUCAACAUUGAGAUGCAUAGCUGCAUAGCUUAGCUUGUUCUUGUGUGGGCCAGGAUCGUUGAAUUCUCCACUGAAACCCUAUAGAUCAUUGUGGCUAUGGCGGGUGAUCAGAAUGUGCUUAAUGCUCUCGACGCCGCCAAGACACAAUGGUAUCACUUCACGGCCAUCGUCGUCGCCGGCAUGGGCUUCUUCACCGACGCGUACGAUCUUUUCAGUAUCCCCAACGUUACCAAGUUGCUGGGGAGGAUAUACUACACUGAACAAGGGUCGGCGAAGCCGGGAACUUUGCCGCCGACUGUGUCGGCUGCCGUGAAUGGCGUCGCUCUCUGUGGGACGUUGGCCGGUCAGCUUUUCUUCGGGUGGCUCGGCGACAAGCUGGGGAGGAAGAAAGUGUACGGGAUGACUCUUGCUCUUAUGGUGGUCUCUUCUCUUGCUUCUGGCCUGUCUUUUGGUCACACCGCGAAAAGUGUCAUCACCACCCUCUGUUUCUUCCGAUUCUGGCUCGGUUUCGGAAUCGGCGGCGACUACCCUCUCUCCGCCACCAUCAUGUCGGAGUACGCCAAUAAGAGGACUCGUGGAGCGUUUAUUGCCGCCGUCUUCGCCAUGCAAGGAUUUGGAAUAUUGGCCGGCGGGAUAGUUUCUCUGAUCGUCGCGGCUGCAUUCGACGGGGUGUACAAGGCUCCGCCGUACAAUGUGAAUCCGGCAGCUUCUCUGCCACCUGAAUCCGAUUACGUUUGGCGUGUAAUCCUCAUGUUCGGAGCCGUCCCCGCCUCACUGACGUUCUACUCGCGAGCGAAGAUGCCGGAGACGGCAAGGUACACCGCUCUGGUAGCCAAGAACGAGAAACAGGCCGCUCUCGACAUGGCCAAAGUGCUCCAAGUCGAGAUCAAAGCGGAUCAUACUAAGAAAGAGGAAAAACCUGAACCAUCUGCAAGAAACCAAAUCAGCUUCGGCUUGUUCAGCAAGGAAUUCGCUCGCAGACAUGGACUUCACUUGCUCGGAACAUGUGCCGCAUGGUUCUUACUCGACAUUGCAUAUUACAGUUCGAAUCUUUUCCAGAAAGAUAUUUACACAGCCGUCGGAUGGCUUCCUUCCGCCGGAGAAAUGAGCGCGAUUCAAGAAGUUUACAGGGUCGCAAGAGCACAGGUACUCAUCGCACUGUGCGGCACCGUGCCGGGAUACUGGUUCACGGUGGCCUUCAUAGAUAUCUUGGGGCGAUUCUUCAUCCAGAUGAUGGGUUUCUUCUUCAUGACCGUGUUCAUGUUCGCCCUCGCGAUUCCUUACGAUCACUGGACAAAAAGAGAGAACAGAAUAGGGUUCCUUGUGAUGUACGGUUUGACCUUCUUCUUCGCCAACUUCGGCCCCAACACCACCACUUUUGUUGUGCCAGCCGAGAUCUUCCCGGCAAGGUUCAGGUCGACCUGUCACGGGUUGUCGUCGGCUUCCGGGAAGGCCGGAGCGAUCGUGGGGGCGUUCGGAUUCUUGUAUGCUGCACAGAGCAAGGAUCCAAGCAAGACUGAUGCAGGGUACCCAACUGGGAUUGGGAUGAAGAACGCUCUGAUCAUGCUAGGUGUGAUUAACUUGGUGGGGAUGUUGUUCACUUUCUUGGUUCCAGAAUCUAAAGGGAAAUCGUUGGAGGAAUUGAGCAGAGAGAAUGAAGAAGACGAUGGUGGCCAUGGUGGGGCAGAGUCCUCUUGUAGCAGAACAGUUCCCGUAUAGAAUAAUGUGUUAUUAUUAUUAUUUUUUAAAGCAAUAAGUAUGGGAAUAAUGUUAAUGUAACUAAUGCAGGUGGAAGCGAUAAUAUCAUAAUGUAGUGUGUCUUCAAAUUA